CACAAACAACAUGGGCUCUCCCAUCAAGCGCUCGCGAGAGGAGACCGAAGACGAGUACGACGAUGCGCCGCCACGAAAACGCUCCAACUCUCGCUCUCCUCGCAAUGGCUCUCCAGAAUACAGACUAGCAGAACGGCCUGCGCGCCGGUACAGCAGGGACCGUGACAAUGAUGUGGACGACAGCGCAGACGAGCGACGAUACUAUAGCCGGCGAUCACCAUCGCGAUCGCGGUCGCCCUCGAACUCGCGCUCGCGAUCUCAAAGCAACACGCCGCCACCUCGCAAACCAACUGCCCUAAACUACACACCCCACCUCAUCCUCCGUGGCCACAAGCGCGCAGUCUCCUGCCUCAGAUUCUCCCCAAACGGACUGUGGAUAGCAACCGGCUCUGCCGAUGCCACGAUAAAGAUUUGGUCCUCUUCGACUGGCAUGCUCGAGCACACGCUCGAAGGUCACCUCGCUGGCAUCAACACGCUGACCUGGUCGCCCGACAGCACGACCCUCGCCUCGGGCUCAGACGACAAGAGCAUUCGCCUUUGGGACGUGCAGACUGGGCUUGCGCACCCAACGCCGCUGAUUGGGCAUCACAACUAUGUCUAUUCUCUAGCCUUCAGCCCCAAGGGCAACAUGCUUGUCAGUGGCAGCUACGACGAAGCAGUGUUCCUGUGGGACGUGCGUGCGGCACGCGUGAUGCGAUCUCUGCCAGCACAUUCUGAUCCAGUAUCGGCAGUUGACUUUGUGCGCGAUGGCACGCUGAUUGUAUCUUGCUCGCACGACGGCCUGAUCAGGGUGUGGGACACCAGUACAGGACAGUGUCUGCGCACACUCGUCCACGAAGACAACGCAUCAGUGACGAGCGUCAAGUUCAGUCCGAACGGAAAAUACAUACUAGCCCACACGCUAGACUCGUGCAUACGGCUGUGGGACUAUGCGAACGGCAAGGGGAGAUGCGUCAAGACGUAUCAGGGUCAUACAAACGCCAAGUACUCACUAUCUGGCGCAUUUGGCACAUAUGGUGAUAGAACAAACCCAGAGGAGACAUAUGCCUUCGUAGCGUCGGGUAGCGAAGAGGGCGGGAUUGUGCUGUGGGACGUCUCGAGUAAGAACGUACUUCAGCGACUGUCUGGCCACGACGAUACAGUAUUGGCUGUAGACACGCACCCUAAAGAGGAGCUGAUCGCAAGUGCGGGAUUGGAUCGAAGCAUACGAAUAUGGAAAGCCUCGCCUCUCCCUGUAAGAAAACAGGAGGGGAGCAACGGCUACGAUCCAGACGUGCUCCCUCCAAACCCUUUUGCAACAGACAGCCCAGCAUUUGGGAGUCCGGCUGUGGGCACGCCUGUGGAUAGCAGCCCCAUGAGACACGAGUAGCGGUCAUUUCCUUGAUAGAUACCCCUCGAUUGAUUUGAAUUUGUCAAUUGACCUAG